UAGGGCUUUUGGAGUUUUAGGGUUCUAGCGCAAUGCCUGUCGCGGAGGACAUCCCUGCGGAAGCUCUGGAGGAGGCGCUGGAUUCGCCGCCGGCUGUCAUGGAUGAUUCUCCUGCUGCGCCAGCCGGAGAGCGAUCUUCCGAGGUAGAUUCAGGAGAGAAGGAGAGCGCCACCGAGGAGAAAAGCAGCGAGAGCAUUGAGGCGACAGAGAAUGGUGCCGACGCUCCCAAGGAGGUCGAUGAGAGCGCUGCGGAGAAUAUCGCGCAGCCGGAGGUGCCAGAGGAAUCGAAAUGGGCGGCGGAGGAAGUCCAGGGGCCGGAGCUAACGUCGGAUCGAGUGCAAGGAGCUGAGAAAGAAGGCCACGAGGAGGAUCUCCUCAAGGAAAAACAGGAGGAGAAGAAUGGAGAAAUGGAGAAGGAGAGCAGUGAGGACGUGGUGAACGCAUUGUAUGAGAGGAUGAGCUCGGCCGUGGCGAGCGCUCACUCGGACGGGAAGAAGGACAAGGAUCACGAUCGCAAAGACCCAGUUGUGGACUCGGUGAUGGCGGUGGCGGCUCCUUUUGUGGAAUUCGCGGUGGCUCAAGCACAGUUUUUGAAGAAUGGCAUGUCGGAGACGACGGACGUUGCCGUGAGAGCGGCAUGCAACCAGCUUAGCGAGCUCCAGGACUCGUCCACCACUCAGUACUACUACGCGAAAGACAUGUUUUGGAGAUUCAAGCGGGAGUACCGGGAGUACGAGAACGUUUUCUUCUCAACUUUGAAAGAUGGUGUGAAAGCUGCUACUGCUAGUCCUGGAAUGGCUGCAAUGGUGGCAACGGGUGCGGCAUUUCUGUUCUUACGACGCCCCAGAAGGCUACUGUUUAAGUACACGCUGGGACGUUUCCGGAGCCAAGAGGCGAUGGCAGCAAGCGCGCAGAAGAAGGUGGUGGAGCUGCGUGAAGCUCUUGAGCUACAGAAGAACGAAAAGAGAAAACUCGAGGAGAGGUUCAGGCUUGCGGAAGAUGAAUUUCUGAGGGGCCAGUCGAAAAUGGCGAAUGCUGGAAGUCAGAUUCGUUCGCUUGUCAAGAGCAUGUACAAAACAGAGAACCAUGCGCAAGGACUCUUGGAGAAGCUGAGAGACAUGUCUGGCAAACCCGCCUUUCAUCUGCGAGCGGAGGUGGCAUCAAUGGCUUCCGAGGCAAAAGCACACAGAUCUUCGCUCGACAGGAACCUCUACAGAAUCGCAAGCCACAACAUCCGUGUUUGAGUUUGUGUUUGGUUCUCUCUUUUUUUGUUCGGCCCGGAAUAAUCCGAGAGACGGAAGUAGAAAAGUUGCUCCACAUUGUAUCAUUUUACUCGGGAUUGGCCUUGCGAAUCUACUCUUCUUCUUCCUUCCAGUGGGA